GACAGCUUUCCUGCCCGUUUUGGAGGAGUCCAUUUUGUCAACCAGCCCUGGUACAUCCAUGCCCUGUACACGCUAAUCAAACCGUUCCUCAAAGACAAAACAAGGAAAAGGAUCUUUCUUCAUGGUAACAACCUGAACAGCCUUCACCAGCUAAUACACCCUGAAUGCCUGCCCUCUGAAUUUGGGGGGACUCUUCCUCCGUACGACAUGGGGACGUGGGCUCGAACGUUACUCGGUCCCGACUACAGCGAUGAAAACGAGUACACCCACACCUCCUACAAUGCCAUGCACGUGAAGCAUGCGUCCUCCAACCUGGAGCGGGAGGCCUCCCCCAAACCCAUGAAAAGGUCCCAGUCUGUGGUGGAAGCUGGCACGCUGAAACACGAGGAUCAGGGGGAAAACGAGAACACCCAACCGCUGCUGGCUCUGGACUGAGCCCCCACACACCCAUUAUCCACCUGGAUACAUUAACAGACUUCCACCAUACCAGAAACCCACAGACCACAUGACACACACAAACACACGCACGCGUGCGCGUUUUGCUUGAGAACAACUCCGUUAUCUUUCCUGAGCAAGUAACAACUGUCACCAGCCAUCUGUCCGUGCGGCCAACGCUGAGCAAAACUUCAGACAUUUCUAUUGACACAGGAGCCAGUCCAUAUACAAAGAAGUUUAUUAUUUUUUUUUUCUUUUUUGACUUACAACAUUAAAACAUUGAAAUGAUGGAACUGCAUUCUCUGUUUAAAGAAACCAGGGUGUGUCAGUAGAAGUUUUCCUGA